AUGCGUAGGACAUUUCUCCGCCUGGGUGGUGGUGGCGGCGAGUUGUUCCCCACCUCGAAGGCUGCUGCCCAUCUUGAACCUCAGUGGGUGAUGGAGCGCCGUCCUCCGCCCCCACCAGGCCCCGGAAAAUGUUAUGUCACGGUUCACAAAACCGGCACGAAAAGCGGGUCCAAAUGGCAACUGCUUCAACCGCAUAUUCAUACAUUGGAAGUGAUAUCUAUGGAUUCUCCACCCCCGCACAAAUUAGAUGUCCCGCGUCCAACCGCCCGGGCCGCAGCGUCGUUUGUUGCUGGCGUAAAGUCGUCGCUUGAACACGCCCGAAAACAAACAACUUCGGUCAGCGGGAUAGCGGCAGCGAAUAUAGCUGAGAAGAAAAGGUGUGAAGCACGAAUGAAAACGAGGGACUACGCCGAGGGCAAGCGGCCAGUGCGGGAACGCCCAGGUUGGGAGGCAACAACAGACGUAGUCGAACUCUCAGAGUGGUUGCACAAACGUGUUAAUGAUCAUCGUAAGAUUGUUAGCGACAAUAGCAAUGGAUAUGAAAGGGAGUAUACACCUUGGGAGAAGAAGCCGGUGCCUCCCGAAAUUAAGAAGCAGUGGUAA